AUGGAGGCCGGCGAGUUCCGGCGGCGUGGCCGCGAGAUGGUGGACUACAUCGCCGACUACCUCGAGGGCAUCGAGGCGCGCCAGGUGUACCCCGACGUGGAGCCCGGCUACCUGCGCCCCCUGAUCCCCGGCUGUGCCCCCCAGGAGCCAGAGGCCUAUGAGGACAUCAUGAGGGACGUGGAGCGGGUCAUCAUGCCAGGGGUGACCCACUGGCACAGCCCCCGCUUCUUCGCCUACUUCCCCACGGCCAGCUCCUACCCGGCCAUGCUCGCCGACAUGCUGUGCGGGGCCAUCGGCUGCAUCGGGUUCUCCUGGGCGGCGAGCCCGGCGUGCACAGAGCUGGAGACGGUGAUGCUGGACUGGCUGGGGAAGAUGCUGCAGCUGCCCGCCGCCUUCCUCGCCGAGAAGGGGGGCGCCGGCGGGGGUGUCAUCCAGGGGAGCGCCAGCGAGGCCACGCUGAUGGCGCUGCUGGCCGCGCGGAGCAGGGCCACCCGCCGCCUGCAGGCUGCCCGCCCGGGGCUCACCGAGGCCGCCGUCAUGGAGAAGCUGGUGGCCUACGCCUCCGACCAGGCCCACUGCUCCGUGGAGAGGGCCGCACUGAUCGGAGGAGUCACCUUCAGAGCCGUCCCCUCGGACGGCAAGUUCGCCAUGAGAGCGUCCGCCCUGCAGGAGGCGCUGCAGCGGGACAAGGCGGCCGGGCUGGUUCCUUUCUUCGUGGUGGCCACGCUGGGGACCACGCCCUGCUGCUCCUUCGACCGCCUCUCCGAAGUGGGCCCGGUCUGUAACCGGGAGGACCUGUGGCUGCACGUGGACGCGGCCUACGCAGGCAGCGCCUUCAUCUGCCCCGAGUUCCGGCCCCUCCUGGACGGCGUGGAGUGUGCGCACUCCUUCAACUUCAACCCCCACAAGUGGCUGCUGGUGAACUUCGACUGCUCAGCCAUGUGGGUGAGGAAGCGCGCGGACCUGACCGGAGCCUUCAAGCUGGACCCCCUGUACCUGCAGCACAACCACCAGGACUCGGGGCUCAUCACCGACUACCGGCACUGGCAGCUGCCGCUGGGGCGCAGGUUCCGCUCGCUGAAGAUGUGGUUUGUGUUCCGGAUGUACGGGGUCAGUGGGCUGCAGGCCCACAUCCGCAAGCACGUGCGGCUGGCCCACGAAUUCGAGGCCGCGGUGCAGCGAGACCCUCGCUUCGAAAUCUGCGCGGAAGUCACCCUGGGGCUGGUCUGCUUCCGGCUGAAGGGUCCCAACAAGCUGAACGAGGAGCUGCUGGACCACAUCAACGGCGCCCGGGAGAUCCACCUGGUGCCCUGCCGCCUGCGCGACCGCUUUGUGCUGCGCUUCGCCAUCUGCUCCCGCGCCGCCGAGUCCGCGCACGUGCAGCGGGCCUGGGCCCACAUCCAGGCGCUGGCCACGGCGCUGCUGGCCGCCCGGCCGGAGGCCAGGUGA